CGAAAUUCGAGAGAUGGCCGUGCUCCUGGGCAAGGGCUUCCGGGUCCACCAUCCCGAUGCCGUUGGGGGGAUUAGUCUAUCCUACAAUCCAAAUCCCUAGAAAUAUAUGGUCAUGCAGUACCACUCCGUAGAGAAUGGAUUUAGGUUGCCCCUCCACGGCCUGCUUCGCGAUCUCUGCCUCCACUUCGGAUUUGCCCCGAGUCAACUGACCGCCAACGCACACAAGUAUGUCGCGUCCUUCAUCUUGAGGUGUUGUGCCCUGGACAGAGCCCCAAAUUUGGAGGAAUUCCUUAUGCUCUUCAGUAUUGGGGGGUUCCCUUUCUACAGCCUAUACCCCCAUAACCACUUUCCCAUUUUCGAGAAGGUUGAGCUCAAGAUCGACAAAUGGUCAUUGAAAUACUUUGUUAUUGAGUUUCCGGUUCACAGCCCCAUUGACCUACCGGACCCGAUUCCCUUUGAAGAGGUGCCUUCUCCUGAGAAAUCGAAGGUUCCUUCUGCUGCAGAGUCUAUCCCGGCUGCAAGCUCUCCUGGAAGUCGGUCCCAAGGCGGUUCCACUACCUUGGUUGUGCGCAAUCCGGCCGCUGCCCUGGACGUUGUUCCUCUCUCCGCCAUCCCCGGGCUCAGGAGGCCCACUCCGUCCCAGAAACGGCCACGGGAAGGUGUCUCCGAUGAUGAUUUCCUUCCCAAAAAGAACAAGGGCGACGGUACUUCUGUUUCGCCUAGCCCCCUGUCCACUUCUUCCGGUACCCAGAAUACCACUCCUGCUACUACAUCCGGGGUCUUGGAAUUAUCCCACCCGGAUAGACUUGAUUGUGAGGAAGAAGAGCCUAGGGACCAGUCUGCUCUCAGGAAACCCAUAACGCAGCCCCAGACUGAGGCGCCCGGUUCCUCGCCACACGUCGCAACCAGUCCCCAAGUAAUGGAGGAAGAAGGGAUGAGGCAGAAAGAACCAGAGUCUUCCCCUACAACAGAGAGGGAGGGGAAUCUAGAAAGGAUGAGGGGAUCAGUGCAGGAACCCACAAUUCCCCAAGCUCGCCCUGAUCUGCUUGCCCUCAAUGCCAUGCACCUCAUGGAAAAGGCCCAGCAAUCACUCCUUACUUUGACUGAGGAGUACCUGGGUGGAGCAUCAGGGAACUUUCGGACUGUUGUGCUCCUGAGGGAGAGGGAACUGGCUGCCAGGGCCUUACAACAGAAGGUCGACUCCCUAGAACAACGGGUCCGGGUCCUGCAAGAAGAGAAUGCUCGGCUCAAGGCAGAUGGCUCAAUGGAGCUGGCAGCUGAGAGAUCCAAGGUCCAGUCCUUACAAGAGCAGAUUGCCAACUAUCAAAAAGAAACCCAGGAUCUGGAAGUGCAGUUCGACAGAUUCCGGGCACAGAUUUCCAUCCUGGAAUCCAGGGUCUCGGCUUCAGAAGACCAGGUAGGAAGCCUGAAAGCUGAGCUGGUUGAAAGGGAAUCCCGGAUCUCUGAGCUAGAGAAUUCCCUCCAAGAGGCCAAGUAUGAGGGUUCCCGCCUUAACGAGCUUGCACUGAAGCACAUGGAGGCGAGACGGCUUGACCUCGAGAAGUUGAAGAGAGAGAGACAGGCUGCAAGUGAGCUCCGGUCAAAGGUGGAUGAACAGGAGAAGACGAUUGCCGCUCAUCAAGAGGAGGUGGCCACCCUAGUUGCUCGUGCCAGAGCCCUCUACGAAGAGGGACAAUUCGACAUGCAGCAAUGCAUCUACGGGGCAGUCCAGAGUGGUCUCCCAGAGAACCGCACUUUGGAUGACUUCAUCUCCUACUAUGGGUUACCCCUUCCUCUUUCUCCCCCAGUCUCUCGUGCAAACCCGGGACCUUGACUUCAUCUUCCUCUGUUGACUGUUAUAUUUUGCCUUGUAAUUAUUUGGAUGAUAGUAAAUUGAUAAACCUGAU